AUGAUCUGCCGAGUAUGUGCGCAAUACGGACACAUUGGUAAAAAUUGCCCGAACUCAGAGAAACCAAUUUGUUUAAACUGCUCUGCUAACUUCCACACGACGGAAGACGAGACGUGUGCGAAAGCUGCCUUUUGCUUGCAUUGCAAAGCUGGCCAUUCGCCGAUGUCAAAGGUUUGUCCUAAAUAUCAAGAAGAAGACGAAGUCAUACAUUUGCGAAUCGAUAAAGGUCUUUCCUUUGCUGAAGCGCGCAAAGCACUGGCCGAUUCCAAGAGAACUACUACAUACGCUCAGGAAUUGCAAAACAAUCUGAUGGAACAAAAAGAUAAACAGAUUGCAGAACUACAACGACAGUUGAAUGAUAUGCGUGCUCAGAUGAAAGCCCUCUGCUCCUCUACGGGGACCGUUAUCACAAGACAGCGAUCUCGAUCUCGAAAACCUUCACCAAUGCUCUCUAAGCAACACGAAAAAAUGCCUGUUACAAAGACCACCGAUAUUCGGGAGAUGGAUUUUGAAAAUGGUAGAAGCAAACGACAAAUCACCACCAAGUACUCUUGUGAAGGAAACUCCAAAAAAGCAUCUUACUCCCAAGCUAAUAAAAAUGAUUCGAAUAAUGAGCAAAUUGACGUCAGCGAAACUGAGCAUGAAUCCGAUAACGAUCAGUUUUUUCGCCCACGUAACGGGAAAAUUACAAAAAACUACCACUCGACAACACGAUGA